AUGCCGCUCGGUUCACCAGGAUCAGGAAAGUCGAUUGUUCAACUCGAACCACAACAAGUCGUUCUUCGAAUGAAACCAGGCGACACAUUGACUGUGCCGUACAAGUAUUUGCAUCGUAAGCCACCUCCUGGUUAUGAUGUCAAAGAUUUCUUGGUUCAAACGAGUGAGUACAAGAAACUCGGCGUCAAUCUGCCGUUAAUAAAAAUUUUCGUCGAUGCAACUGGUCAAAAGAGGUCGAAGCUAAGCAAUGUAAUGCAAUCAGGGAAGGUCAAAAAAUCAAUUUUAAAAUCAAGGUGA